GACGAACCAACAUUAUUUUUAAUGAAGUCGAUAUAUAACCAUUUUUGGGAUUGGAUUUUCAAGCAAAUUACUCUUGAAAAUAGAAAAAAGAAAUAAUCUAUGUGGCUGCCUACGUGGAAAGAUUUGGAUUUUGGGGUAAGCUCAUAGAAGGGACUGGUGGGUGACAGCUUAAAAUAAGAAAUAAAAGAAAUAAAAGAAUUAAAAGAAUUAAAAGAAUUAAAAGAAAUAAAAGAAUUAAAAGAAUUAAAAGAAAAAGUUAGGCUUUCGAGGAAGUUUCUGAAAUCAGCAACUUUAUCAACAAAAAAAUCUUCUCUUCAUCCUCUUCUUCCACGAACCUUCUAGAAUUGAAAUUCCCAACUCCCCUUCCCGGAAAAUUCUCACAACUUUCCUUCCUUCCAUAACUCACACUUCGAACCUUCCUUCACGCUUUCUGGCUUUCCGACUUCCCUCCCAUCAUUACCCCAUCUCAUUUCCUUCAUUCUUCUGGCUCCUCUCAUGGAGGAGCCGACCGCCAAUCCCACCCCUACUCCUAUCGAUUCCUACAGAUCUGUUCCCACUCCUUUCUUGACCAAGACUUAUCAGCUUGUCGACGACCGCUCAAUCGACCAUGUCAUUUCAUGGAACGACGACGGAUCUACCUUCAUCGUCUGGAACACCAUGGCUUUCGCUAAAGAUUUGCUUCCCAAGUAUUUCAAGCAUAAUAACUUCACCAGCUUUCUCCGUCAGCUCAAUACUUAUGGAUUUAGAAAGGUUGUAUCGGAUCGUUGGGAGUUCGCGAACGAGUGCUUUCGCAAAGGGAAGAAACAGCUUCUUUGUGAGAUUCAGCGUCGGAAAUUGGUCGGUCCGGUUCCGUCCACUGCUUCUAACGCGGCUGUGGUGACAACCGUUGGUGCUUCAGCGAUUCCGUCUGUCCAAGUAUUGACAUUGACGGGAAAUUCUUCAGGUGAAGAACAAGUGAUUUCGUCUGAUGAGACUCCAACCAGAGCUCUUGCAGAGCUGAUUGACGAGAACGAUCGGCUGAGAAGAGAGAAAGUUCAGCUCACGGAACAAUUGGACGAGGUGAAAUCUUUGUGCAAUAACAUCUUCUCGUUGAUGUCGAGCUUCGUUGAAAGUCAAUUUAAGAACAGUUUCAAAGUGAGGGAGAGCGUUUUGGAAUCGGCAAAAUCGCUCGAUCUUUUCCCGGUGAAGCGGCCAGCCGGUGAAGAGGGAACGGCGGAGGUGAAGGAGGAGGAGGAGGAGAGGAAUCAGAUCGGGGCGAAGCGAGCGAGGGAAUAUAGGGAGGGGGCGACGGAGAGGGCGGAGGAUGAUACUACUUUGCGGCUUCAACCACCGGAUAGAUGGGUAGUCAAAUCAGAGAGGAUAAAUUGUCAAAAAUAAAGUUGAUGAUGAGGAGAAGACGUGGCAGGAUCAGGUCCACUGAGAGAAUUAUGAAACGGAUCUGUAUUUAACGGUUAGGAUAGAGUAUGGGCUUUUUCUUCAGAUUCUUAGUUCAAGUGAUGAGCGAUGCAGAGAAUCAUCUCCCCAAAAGGUGGGAAUAUGGCACGUGUGACGUGUGCCACCAUUUUAGGGGGCAAAUUUAGGAACUUUCAAUGAAUAUUCCUCUUUUUACUUCUUUU